AUGGCUGAACGAUAUAAUAUUCAUUCGCAAUUAGAACAUUUACAAUCGAAAUAUAUUGGUACGGGUCAUGCUGAUACAACAAAAUGGGAAUGGGCAUCAAAUAUUCACCGUGAUACGUAUGCAUCAUAUUUGGGACAUUUUGAUUUGUUAAAUUAUAUAGCCAUUGCUGAAAAUGAAACAAAAGCCAAAGUCAGAUUUAAUCUUCUUAAAAAAAUGAUACAACCAUGUGGACCACCACCACAAAAAUUAGAGGAAAAUUAA